GGCGGCACAAAAGGGGCUGCUGCAGCCCUGCCCGCUGCCGCUGCCGGCGGGGGCUCGCCUCGCCUGGGCUCCGCAUCGCGUUGCAUCGCAUCCUUUUCCCGCGGCCGGGAGGAGGUGCCGGGCCGCUCCGCUCCGCGGCGGAGGAGGAGGAAGAAGAAGAGGAAGAGGAAGGCGGAGGGGGGCUGCGGGCUCGCCUCGCCUCGCCUCGCCUCGCCGCGGCCGGCGCCGAGCCAUGCCGGGGGGCAGCGGGCGGGCCGGGGGCGAGCGGCAGCCUCGCCCCGCCGGGGGCCCGGCGGGCACCGACGCUGCGCCGGCCGGGGAACCGCGUGUCCCGCUCUGUUGACACGGCGUCCCAGAAAGUGAAGCAGUUUGUUGAAUGUCAAGAGUUGCGACCUUUUGUCUGGGAAUCUACCAUGGCACGCGGAGCAUGGCAGCCAUCUGGGAAGAAGAUGGAGAUGUGCCUUGUGUGACUCCUCCAGCACUUAUCCUUUGUCCUGGGCUGGCCCAGAGGAAGCUGGCUGCCCUGCAUUUGUGUGUCCUGCAGGAACUGGAGUGAAACCAACAUUACCUGGCAGCCAUUGGGAUUGCCUUAUUGGAGCAGGUCAGCCGUUCAUCUCGCCUGGGGUUCAGCAUCUGAAAGAGCAACCUGAUGUCUGGAGGUAACGCCUUGGAGAAGGCACAGGACACCCGACUGGAGGAAGCUGUACUAAUUUACCGGAUGAAGAUGAGACGCCAUAAGCUCUUUCUGACUCUCUGCAUGGCUGGUCUCUGCCUCAUCUCCUUCUUGCACUUCCUCAAGGCCCUUUCCUAUGUCACCUUCCCCCGGGAGCUGGCUUCGCUUAGUCCCAACCUCGUCUCCAGCUUCUUCUGGAACAAUGCCCCCGUCACACCUCAGGUCAGCCCUGAGCCAGGGGGUGCAGAGUUCCUCCGCACACCCCUGUACUCCCACUCCCCCUUGCUCCAGCCCCUGCCUCCCAGCAGAGCCAGCGAAGAGCUGCACAAAGUUGAGUUUGUGCUGCCGGAAGACACAACAGAAUAUUUUGUCCGUACCAAAGCCGGUGGCGUUUGCUUUAAGCCAGGCACCAAGGUGUUGGAGAAGCCACCCGUGGGAGGGCGGCCGGAGGAGCGAGCGGAUGGCGCAGCAUCGGGACGGCCGGCUCGCAAGCCGCUGAGCGCCAGCGGGACCAAACGGCGCAAGUGGGUGGAGUGUGUGUGCUUGCCGGGCUGGCAUGGUCCCAGCUGUGGGGUCCCCACCGUGGUCCAGUAUUCCAAUCUGCCCACCAAGGACCGCCUCGUGCCGCGGGAGAUCCCCCGGCGGGUCAUCAAUGCUAUCAACGUCAACCAUGAGUUUGACCUGCUGGAUGUCCGCUUCCAUGAGCUGGGAGAUGUGGUGGACGCCUUCGUGGUGUGCGAGUCGAACUUCACGGCCUAUGGAGAGCCGCGGCCCCUCAAGUUCCGCGAGAUGCUCCUCAAUGGCUCCUUUGACUACAUCCGCCACAAGUUACUCUAUGUCUUCCUGGACCACUUCCCCCCUGGCGGCCGCCAGGACGGCUGGAUCGCUGACGACUACCUGCGCACCUUUCUCACCCGGGAUGGCAUCUCUCGCCUCCGCAACCUGCGGCCAGAUGACGUCUUCAUCAUCGAUGAUGCUGAUGAGAUUCCAGCCCGCGACGGUGUGCUCUUCCUCAAGCUCUACGACGGCUGGACGGAGCCCUUCGCCUUUCACAUGCGCAAGUCACUCUACGGCUUCUUCUGGAAGCAACCAGGCACCUUGGAGGUGGUCUCGGGCUGCACCAUGGGGAUGCUCCAGGCUGUCUAUGCUACCGACGGGAUCCGUCUGCGGCGCCGUGAGUACUACACCAUGCCUGGCUUUCGGCAGUAUGAGAACAGCACAGGACACAUCCUGGUGCAGUGGUCGCUGGGCAGCCCCCUCCACUUCGCUGGCUGGCACUGCUCCUGGUGUUUCACCCCGGAGGGGAUCUACUUCAAACUGGUGUCAGCCCAGAAUGGGGACUUCCCCCGCUGGGGUGACUACGAGGAUAAACGAGACCUCAAUUAUAUCCGGGAGCUGAUCCGGACUGGUGGCUGGUUUGAUGGUACAACGCAGGAGUAUCCCCCCGCCGACCCCAAGGAGCAGAUGUACGCUCCCAAGUACCUGCUGAAGAACUACCAGCGGUUCCGCUACUUGUUGGAGAACCCCUACCGAAAAGCAGAGGGCACUGGGUGAGGCUACCGGGGCUCAUGUGGAAAAUCAGGACUUCACAACAAAGGGAAAGAGUCGGAUGUUUUCAUCUGUUCCUUUCUUUGUUUGUUUUGUUUGGUUCUGGGUGGGGUGUGCCAUUUCUCUGGGGUCUCUGCCCUCCCUCCCUUCCUUCUCUUCUUCCCUUCAUCCCAGGGUGACCCUGGGGAUACGAAUUCCUCAGUGGUGUGAAGGGCAGGAGGAGGAGAGAUGUUGGGGACCUACUCUGGCAGUAGCAUAAAGACUUUGCUGCAUCUCCCGGACCUCUCCUGCUGGCUGGAGAGGAUCUCUGCGGCCAGCUGGCAGAUUUUCCUCUGGGGGAGGUUGGGAGGGUCCCAUGGGGAGAGAGGGCAGCUGUUCCCAUCCACCCUUGUCCUUUGUGGAUCGGAGCAAGCACAGAUGCGAGCCUGGGCUAUUCAGUGAGCGUGUGAGUCAGCAGGCACAAACCGAUGCGAGUGGUCACGUGUGCAGAUGUGUGUCACAGGCAUUUUUUGGAUGAGUGAAUGUGCAAAAGCAUCUCAGUGUGCAUUUAUUUUUUUGUAUACCUCUAUAUUCAAAGAAUAUUUUGGGGAGGGGAAAUCCUUUGCUUCCAAGGUUUUCUCCCCAAGAUGCAUCCUCCUCCCGCAGGCUUAAUGCAUCUGUCCUGGGCUGUGUCUUGGCCUGAUGCUCUACCAGUCCUGGAGCAGGCAGAUGGGAAGCGGAGGAGAAAGCUGAUAUUUUUUUUUUAAUUUUUUUUUUUUUAACUCCUUUGUUACCCCUGCCCCCACAACACUGCACUGGCUUGGCCCACAGAAGCUGAAGCAUCUUCCCUGCAGUACGUGCUUCUGUUGGGGCUGGGAUAAGCUGCAGGGGACUUAAUCAGAUGAUGGGAGUGUAUGUUUACAAGUGCAUGGUUUCCUAUGUGCAUGAGUGCUAACAUGCAUGGUUUUGGUAUGCACGUGGGCAUUCGUAAGCAGUAUUGGGGGGGAAGGGGACACAGGUGGGUUUGGGUGUGUGUGGAAAUGCUGGGAUCUGGAAGCUGCGAUCUUUGUCUUUGGCACAGAUGACUUUUUGGGGAAUUCAGAGGGCCGUGGAGAGCAUUGGCUCUGCAUAGCAGUGCUACACGUGUGGGACUGUUGUGUGCCUCCCUGGCUGCCUCUGCAACGCUGCAGGCCGUGCCUGUUGCAGGGCUGCUGCUUACACAUGUUGGCUAUUCUUUCUUACUGUAGGGUAAAAGGGAGAGGAGAAGGGCAGAGCUCUGCGUCAGCAGUGGGUGUUGUGGAGAAACACAAAGCCUGUGAAGGCACAGGAUCCAUCUGUCUGCUCUUAGGGUGUGAGGGAGCUCAUGGAGAAAUGGGCCAUGGGCAGAGUCCCCCUGGGGCCAAGAGACUGCUUUGGGACCAUCAUGCAAUCCAGAGAGCAUGUGCAGCCUAGGCCAUGAAGGCAAGACAGUGCAGAGGAGAGGGGAUCUAGGAGGACACUAGUUGCAGCUGGUUGAGCCGGUGUCUGCUCAGAGUUUGCCAGUGAUGGGUAGUCAGGAUCUGGCCUGUCACUGUGUUGGAUUGAUUCAGCUCCUUGAGGAAGCAGAUCCACGUCCCACCC